AGAGAGAGGAGAGAGAGAGAGAGAGAGGGUGGAUGACCUGUGAACGGAGCCUCCUCAUUGGAGAAAGACCGCUUGCUGGAGAAAGAGAGGAAGAGGAGAGAGAGAGGGGGGUUCAUUUGUUGCCAUAGUGAAAAAGUAGAUUAACCACCCUGGAUAUGAUGCCCUGAUGGACGCGUGAGGGAUGCUGUGUUUCUCCAGGAGCAUUCACCUGACCUGCAAGCAAAGGUUGUGCUGCUGCACGUGUCCCAGCCGUUGCAGUGAUGCUUCCACCUUGAAAUUCAAAGGCGUCAAAGCAGAAGGAAGGAUUUUGAUAAAAUCACACUCCUAUGUGCAGCGAGCUCCUGCCAUGGCCAGGAAAAGUCUCUGUCGGAUGAGUGGCUCUCUGUGACGACUCCGCGCUACGAGCUUGAGAUCUGCUACUCUGUUGUUACCCCAAGGCCACAAGAUGAUGCUCUGGCUCUGGCUGCUGCUUCUGUCCAAGCUCCGUCAGGUCGACUCCGCCCAGUCCAACGAACGGCGAGUUGUAGCACACAUCCCAGGAGACAUCAUCAUCGGAGCGCUGUUUUCCGUCCAUCAUCAGCCUCCUGCUGAUAAGGUACAUGAGCGCAAGUGCGGUGCUGUGCGAGAGCAGUAUGGCAUCCAGAGGGUGGAGGCCAUGAUGCACACGCUGGACCGCAUCAAUGCUGACCCAUACAUCCUCCCCAACAUCAGCCUGGGCUGCGAGAUCCGCGACUCCUGCUGGAACUCGGCCGUGGCUCUGGAGCAGAGCAUCGAGUUCAUCCGGGAUUCUCUGGUUUCCUCCGACGAGGCCGAGGAGUGGGGCGGAGGAGGCGCUUGGGGAGGUGGGGGAGGUGGAGGAUCGACGAUGAAGUGCGCCGACCCCGCCGCCACCCCAAUGCGAGGAAAGAAGCCCAUCGUGGGUUUAAUCGGGCCGGGGUCGAGCUCGGUGGCCAUCCAGGUCCAGAACCUUCUACAGCUUUUCAACAUACCGCAGAUUGCCUACUCUGCCACCAGUAUGGACCUCAGUGAUAAGAGCCUUUACAAAUACUUCAUGCGGGUGGUGCCUUCAGAUGCCCAGCAGGCGAGAGCUAUGGUGGACAUCGUCAAGAGAUACAACUGGAGCUACGUGUCUGCUAUACACACCGAAGGCAACUAUGGAGAAAGUGGAAUGGAGGCGUUCAAAGACAUGGCAGCCAAGGAGGGCAUCUGUAUCGCGCACUCUGGCAAAAUCUGGAGCAACGCUGGAGAGCAGAGCUUUGAUCGACUGCUGGAGCGGCUGAGGGCCCACCUGCCCAAGGCCAGAGUGGUGGCCUGCUUCUGCGAAGGCAUGACCGUCCGCAACAUCCUCAUGGCCAUGAGACGCCAGGGACUGGUCGGGGAGUUCCUGCUCAUCGGCAGCGAUGGAUGGGCAGACAGGUACGAUGUGACGGACGGCUACGUGAAGGAAGCAGCCGGUGGCAUCACCAUCAAGCUCCAGUCGGCAGACGUGAAGUGGUUUGAUGAGUACUACCUGAAGCUUCGCCCCGAAAACAACCUGAGGAACCCCUGGUUCCCCGAGUUCUGGCAGCAUCGCUUCCUCUGUCGGCUCAAAGGUCACCCGCAGGAGAGCAGCAAGUACAACCGCACCUGCGGCAAGCGCGAGUCCCUCCGGCAGCAGUACGCACAGGACACCAAGAUGGGCUUUGUCAUUAAUGCCAUCUACUCGAUGGCAUAUGGCCUGCAUAACAUGCAGCGGGCGCUCUGCCCAGGCUAUCAGGGCCUGUGUGAUGCCAUGCGGCCUAUAGAUGGUUCUACUCUGUUGGACUUCUUGAUGAAAACCAACUUCACUGGCGUGUCUGGAGAGGGAAUUUUAUUCGAUGAAAAUGGAGACUCGCCUGGCAGGUAUGAAAUAAUGAACUUCAAGAAGAUGGGUAAGGACUACUUCGACUACAUUAACGUGGGCAGUUGGGACAACAGCGGCUUGAAGAUAGACGACGACGAAAUCUGGCCCAACAAGGAUUCGAUGAUCAAGUCGGUGUGCAGUGAACCCUGUGACAAAGGGCAGAUCAAGGUCAUCCGUAAAGGUGAGGUGAGUUGCUGCUGGACGUGCACUCCCUGCAAAGAAAAUGAGUUCGUGUUUGACGAGUACACCUGCCGAGCCUGUGAGCUGGGGUCCUGGCCGAACGAUGGCCUCACAGGCUGUGACCCAAUCCCGGUGGAAUACCUGCGCUGGGGAGACCCUGAGCCCAUUGCUGCGGUGGUAUUUGCCUGCCUCGGCCUCCUGGCGACAUUUUUUGUCACUGCUGUAUUUAUCAGGUUUCGGGACACCCCGGUAGUGAAAUCCUCCAGCAGGGAGCUGUGUUACAUUAUCCUGGCCGGUAUCUGUCUGGGAUACCUGUGCACCUUCAGCCUCAUAGCCAAACCCCACGUCAUACACUGCUACCUCCAGCGGCUUGGAAUCGGCCUGUCGCCUGCCAUGAGCUACUCUGCACUCGUCACCAAGACAAAUCGCAUUGCUCGGAUCCUGGCAGGAAGCAAGAAGAAGAUCUGUACAAAGAAACCUCGCUUCAUGUCUGCCUGUGCUCAGCUCAUCAUUGCCUUCCUGCUCAUACUGCUACAGCUGGGUAUCAUUGUGGCUCUUUUCCUCAUGGAGCCGCCCGAGGUGAUCCACGACUACCCCAGCAUCCGCCAGGUCAACCUCAUUUGCAACACCACCAACCUGGGUGUUGUUACCCCACUAGGAUACAACGGCCUGCUCAUCCUCAGCUGCACCUUUUAUGCCUUCAAGACCCGUAACGUCCCAGCGAAUUUCAAUGAGGCUAAGUACAUUGCCUUUACCAUGUACACCACCUGUAUUAUCUGGCUGGCUUUUGUCCCCAUCUACUUUGGCUCCAACUACAAAAUCAUCACCAUGUGCUUCAGCGUGAGCCUCAGUGCCACUGUGGCUCUGUGCUGCAUGUUUGUACCGAAGGUGUAUAUCAUUCUGGCCAAACCAGAGCGUAAUGUGCGCAGUGCCUUUACUACGAGCACAGUGGUACGCAUGCAUGUGGGCGAUGGGAAGUCGUCCUCCGCCGCCAGCCGGUCCUCUAGCCUGGUAAACCUGUGGAAACGCAGAGGCUCUACCGCAGAGACACUCAGCUCCAAUGGGAAAUCAGUAUCUUGGGCGCAGGCCGAGCGCAGCACUUCCCGCGGAAACCACCUGUGGCAGCGCCUGUCCUUCCACAUCAAGAAGAAGGAGAACAAUCAGACGGCCGUCAUCAAGCCCUUCUCCAAAACCUCGGAGUCUGAGCGGUUUUGCGGCGGGGCCAACCUGCCGCCGCACAUGCCCCUGCCCUCCCUGCCCUCCCUGCCCUCCUUGUCCUCGCUGCCCACACACCCCGACUCCAGCACCGACAAGACUCUGUACGAGCUCUCGGAGGCGGAAGAGCGCUACUCCAUCACGUACCGGCCUCAGACGCCGUCGCCCAUCAGCACGGUCAGCCAGAGGAUCGGAGCCAGCUUGGCGGAGGAGGCUCAGAUGGCCAGCAUACCAAAGUACUCCAGUAGCAUUUGCAGCGGCGGCAGCGGCAGCAGCUGCGGGCCCCCCAGCAGCGGCUCCGUCGCGGCGGGUAGCGACGGGCGCCUGGUUGCCAUGGACGACCACCCCAGAGAGCCCCAGAGCGCCCUGAUGGCUCAGAUCAGCUGCGUGGUGAACCGCUUCACCGCCAACAUCUCCGAGCUCAACAGCAUGAUGCUGUCCUCCUCUCCGACGCACACGCACAAACACACGCCCCCCUCUCCUCACCCCCCCGACCCCUACCUGUUACCCCGCGAGCUGCAGAUGCCCCCCACCCUCACCACCUACGCCGACGUCCAGCCGCUGCCCCCCGUCGAGUCCGGCCUGGUCAGCCGGGGAGGCUGUCCCAUCCACUCCAUCCCUCAUUCGCCUUACUCCCUGCCCCCCCCUCACCCUCACCCUCACCCCCACCCCCACCCUCAGGCCUCCCCCUCCGUCUCCCCCAUGCGAGGAGGCCUGCUCACCUGCCUCGCCGACUCCCCUCUGAGGAGGGCGGAGUUGGAAGAGGAGCUAAUUGCUUUGACUCCCCCAUCGCCGUUCCGCGACUCUCUGGCCUCCAGCAGCGGCUCGCCCGUCUCAGAGACGGGCCUGUGUCUCCCCCCGGUGCCCUCCCACCCGCCGCCCUCCCCGCCCUCGCCCCGGUACAGCAGACUGACUCUCAGAAACUACAGCCAGAGCUCGUCGUCACUGUGAGGCAGAGGUGACAAGUGUUAGAAACCGCGGAAGUGAAGUGGGGCACUUGAAAGCAACCCAGGUCAGGAAGGGACAGGAGGACGGACGGACGGAGACCUUUGCAUCUGGUGUUGGAGUGAAGGACAAGUCGUCCUUUAGGGCUGGUCAGUGAACACACCGAGCUGUGUUUGUGUUUACAUGUUUGCAGUGGAACGCAAGCGAACGGCGCUUGCCCGUGUUGUAUUUUCUUAGUGAUGUCUGAAACAAAUGAGGAUUGAAAACUGCAACAAAAAAAAA